CUUCUGGCUGCUGGUAUUUAUAUGAAUUUGUAGAAAUUCAUAGAAGGAUACAUAAGUAUACUUAAUCAACUCAUUCGUGAUAUCUCAGCUAUUGGUAUCCAAUUUGUUCCCAUAGCACUCGCAACUACUAAAAUUCAAUACUAUAUCCAAUUUUUAAUAUCUUGAGUACCAGAUCUACAAUAUCUUUGGCAGUAUGGGAAUUCGCCGGCUUUCCAAUCCCUUCAGCUAUUGGGGCUACGGUAUCUACAACGACAUCAAGAGCCGGUUGCCGUACUAUAAAUCGGACUUCGCUGAUGCUUUUAACUACAGAGUAGUUCCAUCUACGACAUUUGUAUUUUUCACUAAUUUGCUACCAGCCAUAGCGUUUGCUCAAGACAUGUUUGACAAGACCAACAGUGCAUAUGGAGUCAAUGAGGUAUUGCUAAGCACUGCUAUAGCAGGUGUAGUGUUUGGGUUGUUCUCUGGGCAGCCUCUCUGUAUUGUAGGAGUCACUGGCCCAGUAUCGAUUUUCAGCUAUACGGUCUACGAGCUUAUUCAACCAAGGGGGACACCGUAUUUCCCGUUCAUGUGCUGGAUAUACCUCUGGUCGAUGGUUUUCCACAUUAUAAUAGCUGUAGGCAACUACAUUGCCUUUUUAAAAAUCAUUAGUAAGUUCUCAUGUGAGGUUUUUGGCUUCUUCAUAUGUAUCGUAUACAUCCAGAAGGGGAUUCAGAUCCUCGGACGACAGUUUGACGCAGUAGAUUUGGCCAGUGGCUAUUGUUCAGUAAUGAUUUCGCUUCUUAUGGUCAUCUGUGGUGUGGGCAGUUUCCUUUUCGGUAGCUACUUGCACUACUUUAAGCACUGGACUAGAAAAUUCUUUGUGGACUACGGUGUACCUUUAGCUGUAGUAUUUUUCACUGGCUUCAUUCAUUUUGGUGGAAAGCUCGACAAAACUGAACUUGCGAGAUUACCUAUCACUAAAUCGUUCCAACCUACUUAUGCGGGGCUGGAUAGAUCACACGGCUGGUUUGUUCAUUUCUGGCCAGGUGAGAAUAUUGCUGUAGCAGAUGUGUUUCUAGCGCUUCCGUUUGCAGUUCUCUUGACGUUUUUGUUCUACUUUGACCAUAACGUCUCGUCUCUAAUGUGUCAGCUGAGCGAUUAUCCUCUUACCAAACCUUCUUCGUUCCAUUGGGACUUUGCCUUAUUGGGAAUAACAACUGGAGUCGCUGGAAUCAUAGGUAUACCUGCUCCGAAUGGUCUUAUUCCUCAAGCUCCCUUGCACACGGACUCAUUGCUUGUUCACAAUAAACAUGGCAAGGUUGUUUCUGUCGUAGAGCAAAGAGUGACGAACACAGCUCAGGGCUUGAUAACAUUCGUGAUGAUGACUAGACCUUUCCUAGUAGUGCUAGGUUUAAUUCCACAAGCUGUACUAGCAGGUUUGUUUUUCGUUAUGGGCUUGACAGGAUUACAUGGCAAUCCGAUAACCAACAAGAUCAGAUACUUGUUCUUGGACAGCGAGUAUGUCGAGUCUGAUCCUACAUGUCCACGGAUGUUCAAAGACAUUCACAAUAUCAAGAACAAGAAGUGGUUCUACAUCUACUUGUUGUUGCAGGUUAUUGCUGGUUUACUGGAGUUCGCUAUAACUUGUACUAAAGGCGCUGUUGGCUUCCCAGGGGUACUUAUGUUUUUUGCCAUUUGUUCCAAAUGGGUAUGGCCCUGGAUUAUUCCAAAGGAGGAAUUGGAACAUCUAGAUGGAGAAGUAGCCGAUGAGCUUAUCAUUCGGAACUUGAAUAUUGUACAAAUAGUGAAGGAAAGCAAAAAGCACUGGGUGGACGAGGAAAAAGGAAACUACGACGAUAUUAAUGCAGAGGAACACGAGAUGGUCCAGAUACGGGAAAGUGAAAGCAGUUGAUCUAACGUUAUGUAUGUAAGUGAAUGAGUAACUAAUAGACAUAUCUAUAU